GAGGCAGUAUCGUGCUUCCCAGGGGAAGAGCAGCUGGCCCAAAUUCAAAAUGCCAUCCAGGAACUUCCGCCAUCUCAUUACAGGCAGACUUGAUUCACCUGUUCAAGGAAAGAUGACUCUCUUUGAAGCUUCUUCUCCCCAGAAACCCACAGAAUGCAUACGGCAAAUUGUGAAUGAGUUAUGUGCAGUGGUCUUACCUACAGGGGAAACUCGGAAUAUUAGAAUAUCGUCGAAAAGUGCAUUUACUUCAGUAUCGCAACUUAAAAGGUGAAACCAAUAUAUGAGAUAGAUGCAUGACAUGCAAAGCAAGAUAUGUCAAGCCUUUAUUUGUUGUAAUUGUAAUUAUUUGCCAUUAGGCGGGUCAAUUAUAAAUGGAAUGGAGUUAAUGAACUGUAAUAGCAAUGUUUAUUUUUGUAUUAUUGUAACUAUUUGUUUUAUUACUGUGGAAUUUCCAAAAGAAAGCAUUUGCAAAAAUAAAAAAAUAAAAAGUUGCAUUACUGAAAUCCAUGCACUUUUCGCCGAUAUUCUAAUUUUCCAGGUUUCACCUGUAUAAUAAAGGCUGAUCUUAUGUUUCAGAGCUACUCAGGUGUUAGCAGUUCCUUGUACCUGCUGGGAGGCUAUUGCGGAUUUUGUCACAGGGACCCUUUUAUUUUAUUUGUAUUGUAGAACUCUGCUUUGUAAUCAGGAGCUGUGUUGGUGGGGGAGCCACAGCAAUAGCCUCUGAACAGCAAUGCCACUGCCACUUACCAGAAGAGGGAGUGGUGAACAUGGUGCAUCAGCGGAGCCAGACCAGCACUCUCACCAGCCCCAACCUUGUCACCCCUUCACUGUCUGCUGCUGCUGGGAGGCUGUUGCUGCAGCUUUGCCCCACUGGUAGACCUGCUUCCAAGUUUCACAUCUGUAGACACUGUGGCAGAUAGCAGUACUAGCAGCUGGCCCCACGUGACUCCCAAGCAAUUCAGGGUAGAUGACCUUAAAAGGUAAAGGGACCCCUGACCGUUAAGUUCAGUCGUGGAUGACUCUGGGGUUGCGGCGCUCAUCUCGCUCUAUAGGCCAAGGGAGCUGGCGUUUGUCCUCAGACAGCUUCUGGGUCAUGUGGCCAGCAUGACUAUGCUGCUUCUGGUGAACCAGAGCACCACACGGAAACGCCGUUUACCUUCCCGCCGGAGUAGUACCUAUUUAUCUACUUGCACUUUGACGUGCUUUCGAACUGCUAGGUUGGCAGGAGCUGGGACCGAGCAACGGGAGCUCAUUCCGUCGCGGGGAUUCGAAAUGCUGACCUUUAAACGUGAUACGAUGGAAAGAGUCGAGAAUUGUGAGAAGGAGCAACAUGGUCUUUGGGCAACUGGGUGAAGAGGGGAGAUAAGGGGGCACAGGUGGGUUGGUAGGAGGAGAAGCAAGGGAUGAUAGAGGGGAAAUCAGGAUGCAAGUGGGGAGAGGUUACUGGGCUAGCAUGAGUGUCAUGGGUUGCAGCUCUUGACUCAAUUCAGACAUUUAAUAUGGUGCUUGGGAAUUUUGGGCACCUAUCUUCUCUGAACAAAACCAGUUGGCCAAGACAUAACCGCAUGUGCAAGUCUCAAUGUGGGUGUGUUUUGUUUUUAUCUUUGUCACAUCAUUGCAGGACCCUGGAAUACCUGAGCAAGCACCUAACUCACUUAGCGUCCUUCAGCAGCAUGACCAACAUGCACACCAGGAACCUCGCUUUAGUGUGGGCACCUAAUCUCCUCAGGUCCAAGGAGAUCGAGGCUGCAGGCUGCAAUGGAGACGCAGCUUUCCUGGAGGUGCGAGUCCAGCAGCUGGUGUUUGAGUUCAUACUGAACCAUGUGGGCGAAAUCUUCAGUGACAAUGUCCCUGCCAAACCAAAGGAAAAUGAAGAGAACAAGCCCGUGAUGAAGAGCUUGACGCUGCCCUCCACCUCUCUGCCGAUGAAGCUGGUGAGUCUGGAAGAAGCACAGGCCCGGAGCCUGUCCGCCUGCCAUCCUGCCCGCAAGGAGCGGAGGGAGAACAGUUUGCCAGAAAUCAUGCCAGUCACAGGCUCCUUCUUCCACACCGUCCUCGACCUACCUGACAGCAAGAGAAAGUUAUCCACAAAAUCCAAGAAGUGGAAGUCAAUAUUCAACCUGGGCAGGUCUGGAUCGGAAGCCAAGACCAAACUGAGUCGAAAUGGGAGUGUGUUUGUCCGAGGACAGAAGCUCUCUGAAAAAGUCACCAUUCGGCCAGCUAAAAGCAUGGACUCUUUGUGUUCACUUCCAGUAGAAGGAGAUGAUGGGAAGGGCCACUUCAAGCGCACCGUCAUGGCUGGAGGGUUCUUUGUUCCAGCGAUAAAACCUCGGACAGGGGGCCCAAGCAGCUCAUCGGACCUCAGCAAACAGGAGAGCGAAUGGGAUCCAAAGGGUGCUGUGAAAGGAGCAGAAGGAGGUUUGGAGGAUGGUGGGCAGAACGAUGCCCCCCGGUCUACUCAUGUCAGACCACUUCCUGAGCAACUGAAAGUGUUCCGUGCCAUAGAAGACCCGGAGAAUGAGCAAACGUCCCCAAAGAUGUGCCGUAUGUUCUACACUUCCAAUGAUGGGACGGCUAAAUCGGGGUUCCACGGGACCCUCUUCCCCCUGGAAGCCUCCCCUCGCCACCAACGCAAAGCCCUGAACAUUUCAGAGCCCUUUGCUGUGUCGGUGCCCCUUCGGGUGUCUGCUGUUAUCAGUAUCAACAGCACCCCUUGCCGCAUGCCGGCUAAAGAGAAGCCCGCCUUCUCGAGCCUACAGGAAUCUUCUUUCUUGGGGCUGGACAGCGCCGCUUCCACAAUCCCAGAAGCAGACAGCCACACCAAGCCAGAGCAUACCACCGUCAAGGAAGAAAAGAAGCCCGACUCCAAAGCAGUAGAAGAUUCUAUUACUGAAGAUCCAACAAUAGCCAACAAGCUGGAGUCCACAAAUGCCUCUCAGCCAACAAUGAAAACUUGGGAGACAAAGAGCAAUGGCAGCAGCCGCAGCCAAGAUUCAGGAGAUAAACAGGGACUGGAACCAAAGCAGCAAAUCAAGAUCCCAACAAGCCAGCCACAGGCAGGCCAAGCAAGCCAGGACCAACCAGGGAUGAAGGACAAGCCAGAGCAAGAUUGUUGGACGCAGGAAGAGACAAGGGAUAAAGCAGAGAACACAUCGCUUUUAAAGGAGCCGGUUCAUGGCAGUCAUCCCAGUGCCUCAAUGGAACCUCUGUGGCCAGAAAUUCAACAAGAGCUGAAAAUUGUUGAAUCUGAAGAGGAGCUGCCACUUGCCCUUGAGAAAGGCCAGCAACAGCGAGACCUUAAACCCAGUGCUUCACUGAUUUCAUCCUUGGAAUCAAACAAUUUGCCAUGCAGUUCUGGGCUGCCUGUGACGCCACCCGAAGAAGAAAGCACGGUGAGAAAUCCACCAGUCGCACCUCACAUUUAUUCGUUCAGUGCUCCCUCCAAAGGAUCAAAGGACUCACCUGUUUGUGAUUCUGAACUAUCCCCAAAGCAAGAUGGUGCUUCUUCCGCUUCAUUAAAACUGGAAAAUAUCCCAUGUGGGAAACCUUGUCCAAAGGACUGUUUAGAAACAGAGGACAUCAGGUGUGUCCAUCCAUCUCAGCCCGAUGAUUGGAAACUUCCAUCAGAUCCACAAGAAAACUUGGCUCUUUUGAGAGAUGAGUCAUUGUUUCCUGAAGAAAAGCAUCUAGACCAACCAGAGUGGGAAAGUAGUGAAUGGCUUCUUCUCAAAGAGAAGGAAGGUGCUGCUGUGAUGACCCAGGCAGCAAAAAAGGAUCAAGUGCUUUUAGGGAGCGGAGGCUUACAGAGUUCAGUUACCUUAAGUGGAGUUGGAGCCCACCAGCUCAAGGAAUGUAAACUGAAGAAUCGAGCUCGAGACUCUCUUGACCACCAAGAGGAAGAUACAUGGGUGGACCAUGUUCAGAGCUUAGAGUUGGUGGAGCCAUGGGAAGAGCACCAGUGGGUCACCAGCCCACUCCACUCCCCUACCUUCAAGGACACCCAAGGAAAGGCGCUUCAUGAGUUUCAGACACAGAACCAAGGAGGGACCAGGAGCCUUUUCAAGAAGCCAUGUUUCAAUCGUAGCUUCUCCUUAGAUAGUAAAGACUUUGUGAAGAGGCACCGGGCUAUCCAGCUGCCUUUUGAGAGCGCAGAUGUGGAGCAUCUUUGUGGUGACAUCCGAUCAGGAGUCAAGCAACCCUCACAAACAGAGUGGAGAGAAAGUGACGGAGGAGAAGCCUGGCUGAAUCGUCCAGAGGAGCUUUCUAAGCCAGAUGAGACAAGCAGGAGACUUCUGAGCCACGAAGCAGGCUUUGCAGCCAGAGAACUGUCAUCCAGUCAUGACAGGGUCUACCCUAUUGCUCACAAAGAGUCAGGUGAGAAGGAAGCAUACGAGGACAAAGAAGACCAAGAAUUUUUGAAGCCUGAGUCUCCUUUGCCACAAUAUAAUACUGAGAAAAGUUCCUUGAGUUUAAACAGCCCAGAAAAAGAUGUACCCAGUAUACAACAGGCUGAAAGUUCUGGAACUUCUGCCACAAAAGAUCUAUGUUCUGUCAAAGAGUCACAGACCGGUAAAGGUGAAGACAUCCCACGAAAAGGGAGGCCAAGGCCUUCUUCUCUCAAUUUGGAUUCUGUCCUACCCGCAACCAACCUUUUUAAUUUUGAGAGUCUUUCUGUGCCCACCCCACCCAGGUGCUUCCUGUGUGGGCAAAAAGAAGUUAAGACGAGUGACUCUGUGCCAUCACUCCCUGUGGCCUGUCCGAGCAAAAACAAAGCUGACCUUUGGGGUUCUCACUUUGACCCCCAAGAUGUAGACCUAGACUACAUAAUGAUGGCUCAUGCUACCACUGGUCGCCGCAACUCUGCUCCGGUGAGUGUCUCGGCAGUGAGAACCUCUUUCAUGGUUAAGAUGUGCCAGGCUAGAGCUGUGCCGGUUAUACCACCUAAGAUUCAAUACACGCAGGUCCCACAGCCUCUGCAGACACAGAACCCCAACUGCAGGACGCCAGAGAAUAAAGAAACGGAAGCCAAUGUAGGUCAACGCAAGUCAACGGAAAAUUCUCAGGGUCAGCUGCAACCUCCAAAGAGUCCACCAGUGGAAAGGAAGGGGAAGGAAAAUAAUAGUGCAGCCUUUAUAGAUUCAACGGCAAGUAGAAAGGCAGAACCAUCCUUUGCCAAUCAUAAUUCCACCCAGGAUGCACCAGUUUUUCGUCGGAAACGCAGCUCUGAAGGGGAAUCUACAGGGGACAAUCCCCAGUCCUCAAAAAUGGAGAGGUCUUCAGGGGUUUCUAAGCCUUCUUACAGAUCUAGACCAGGAAGACCUCAGAGUCUUAUACUAUUUAGUCCUCCCUUUCCCAUCAUGGACCAUCCUUCCUCCUCUGCAGACUCCAGAGUGUUGCUUUCUCCCAUAAGAAGCCCCUUACCGACCCCUUCUGCAAGCCCCAUUUCCAGUGAUUUGUCAGGGACAGCUUCAGAGGGGGUCACACUUCGGAACAAGAUGACCAUUCCAAAGAAUGGCCAAAGACUAGAGACUUCCACAAGCUGCUUCUACCAACCCCAGAGGAGGUCUGUGAUUCUGGAUGGUAGAAGCGGGAGACAGAUAGAAUAAGGCCCAUUCCCUUCACCUCUCUUCCCUGGUGGAUGAGAUGGGGUGGUCACACAGAGAACUAUGAUUAUUGUUAAACCCAUACUACUCAAAAAGUACUUCCUUUGUCAUUUCCAACAAUCCCUUAUUUUACUGAUUGUCACUUUGACGAUUGAUAGAAUGUUUAGUCGAUUUGACCUUGAGUCCACCUUGGCAAAAAGGUGUGCCAAUGAAAGCAAUAUUAUUUGGAAAGAAAAUAAGAGAUCAAUCCUUGUUAUGUUAGCCAAAGUUUUCCCCUCCAGACUCUUCCUUGUCUUUCAGCUUUCAACAGAGAACAAUCACAAGAAUCAUCUCAGCAACUAAUGUUCCGUUCCUCGCCGUGUUCCUGAAAUGGCUUCCUUGUUGAUCUUGAUUUGUCGUAUUCCUGGGGUUCCAGUCCACAUCUGUAUUAAAAGUUUAUAGGCUUUCCCUUCCCUUUGUACUUGUUUAUGCACAGACUUACUUUGAUGAGAGUUAUGUGCUCAAUGGGCACUCAGCUAAGUGGUUUAAGAGGAAUGGUGAUGAAUUCGAGCUAAAGCUUUUUUCCGAUGGGCUGCCAUUGCUAUUAAGCACCUGCUUGUGUCUACAGUCCUAUUCCCCUAGCACCUGUGUCUUCGUAAUUUUUGAUAAUGUAGAGCUAACUGCAGAGUUCUUAUAUUAAUUGUCUACAAGGAUUUGUACAAAUAGCCAUGUAAACUACCUGCUGACACACAGUGAUUGGCAGAGUUAGCUAUGCAAUAGCCGGGACAGAUCCCACCACUGUGCUGACUCUAUUGACCCUCUCAAAAAAGCACUGCAUCCCCCCCCCCCCGCUAGUCUUUCUCAGUAUAAGGUGCAGGUCUUGGUAGCUGCUGAAGCAAGGGGUGGACAGAGCAGUCGCAAUAAGCUGCAACCUAACUGCAUUUCUUGUAUUUUCAUAGUGUGCUGCUCUUUAUUUGAAGACAUCACAGCGUGGUUUUUCUUCUCUCUUUCAAGAAGUGUUGCUGCUGCUUGCUCAAAAUAAGCUUGUUCUUUAAGCUGCCACUCAGUCUGCAUGAUCAGGACUGUAGCUGGCGAGAAACAGUUGUAGGGUCUGAUUAGCGAAGAAAUCCCCGUGCUAAUUUGCAAUUGUGAGUCACUAAGUUGGAACUGGGAGCCUUGAAAGCAUCUGAAAGCCCGGCACAUUAAAAACGUUACAUUUUGUUUUCUCAUAGAUCAGGGCCCAGGUCACAACAUUGCAUUUUCGAGUUACAUUUUCUCAGGGUGCAUUUGGAUUGGAUCUGUGACUUGGCUACAGGCAGUAAAAAUGUAGAUAAGCUAUGUUGUAGUGAGUGUUGGCAUGCAAAAUGGAAGGGGCGGCAUGAUGGAGGAGCCUUGCUUGUAUUGGAGAGCGGCACUUUGUGCCAAGAUUUUGUAGUGACAGGGAGCUGCAUGAAUAUCUACUGUGAUGCCUGUACUUCUUCCUAGAAUUUCCAACCCUGAUGGUGAAGAACUGAAUUUCACGAUGGCUGCUUCAUGAAAAACAAUGGUUACCUCUUCUCUGAGGCUCCAGAGAUCUAGAUGUCCUUUGGGGUACCCUAACUUUGCCUUGCAACAAAAACUUUGUGGGAGCAUUUGAAAGAUUAUGGUAAGAGUAGAUUUGAGCACCAUCAGUCCCAGAGCAUUGUCUGCCUGUUUCUAAAGAAGGAAAGGUCCGUGCUGCCUUUCCUUUUUGCUCAUUUUUAUUAAAAUGAAAAUGAUCUUCUUGGCUUGGCCAUAAAGAAACUCGGCUAAACAAUAUACUAGGUAUCAUGGCUUUUUAGAUCGAUCCACAAGUUAACUCAAGUUUGUGCAUAGAGCAAAAAUGUGAGGGGCAUCUGCUAGGGGUUUUGUAUCCUCCAGUUUGGCCGGGCCACAGUAUGCUGCUUAUAAGAUCUGGGAAAGAGGGUGAAGAAGAGAUGGAAUUGCUUGGUUUUGUAGCUUAAGUAGUAUCAUGAGGUUGUGCUCUUUGUUAGAAAUAAGGAAGGAUCGGUGUAGGAGUGAAACAGGUGGUCUGAACAGAGGGAAGUAGGUUAAUUUAUCAUUCCACUAUCUGAAUAGCGGGAAGAGUUCGCUGGUUCAAAUUGUGGCAGAAGAGUUACUUAUCUAAAUGAGAAGGGAGGUAGUGCAAAAUUCAUCUGGUUGGAAGGAAUCGUCCCUUCGUCUAAUCCAAAGGUAGCCAGCGUUGUACCCUCCUUAUGUUGUUGGACUCAACUCCCAUCAUCCCUAAUUAUUGGCCAUGCUGACAGGGGCUGAUGGGAGUUGUAGUCCAUUAAGACCUGCAGUGCACCACCUUAGUUUCCCCUUGGUUGAAACGAAACCUAGGACUUGCAUAAAACCUAGAGUAUUGAUUGUUUUGCCAAGAGCAGAGAAAUUUUCCAAAACAGUGUUCCUGUAUGUUUAAAUGCUUUUGAGUUUUUCGGUUAUGAAAAUGCACAAGGGUCUGAGCAGCUUCCCACUGACCAAUCCCCCCUCCCCUGCCCCACAAAAGUUGCCACCAAAAGUUAUAGCUAGCUUUUCCUCUCUUCAGAGUUUUGAAAUAGCUGUAUUGAUUAAUAUUGUGCUAAAUUUAUAUAUAAACAGAACGUAUAUAAAUAUAUUAAAGUGUAAUUAAAAACUAAGAAAUUGUCUCCGAGCAGCAUUCGUUACACCUGCGAAUCUUGGGUGGAUCCAAUGUACAGAAAUGACUUUUUUGUUGAAAACUCCUCAUGUGCAAGUUUUCAAAAACUUUUCUAAAGAAGGCAAGCAAUGGGAUCACAAGACCAACCUUUCAAUCCCCGCCCCUCCUCGUCCCUUCUCCUGCAUUGCCCAUAAUAGCAGUUUGAGCCUACCAAGCAAAUGAUCAGUAAUUAAAGUUUAUCAUCUAUUGAAUCUAUCAUCUAUCAUCUACUGAAGUUUAUCAUCAGGAGCUGUAGCCUGGGAGGAGAAGUGCAAGUUAUAACAUGUCUGCACACCAACAUUUCCCUUUCCCAGUGGUUCUCUGCAAUGAAAUGGGAACAUAUUUUUUUUCUUAAUCGCAGGACAGUGGUCGCAAUCCCCCCAAACCUGCAGCAUAGGUUUUGCUGCAAUUUCUUGCCAAGUUCUGUACUCAAGAAUGAAUAUUUAUUGAUGGCUCAACACUGCAACACAUUUGAUGGUUCAGGGUUCUCUUUGCCAUUAUAGGAACACAAGGUUCUCCUUGCUCUAUAGGAACACAGGAAGCUGCUUCAUACCAUGUUAAACUAUAUGUCCAUCCAGUUUAGUAUUGUUUACUCUUGCAUGGCAGCAGUUUUCUAGGAUCCUAGGUACAGAGCUCUUUCACAUCACUGCCUUCCUAAUAUUUGAACACACACAAACGAUGGAGUGGGGAGGGGUAAACUCAAGAGAUAAAUAUAUAUCUUUAUUCCAGGAAAAGGGUGCUCAAACCUAUGGCUUAUCCACACUUCCUCUUUCCCUACUGUUUCCCCCCGGGGGAUAAACCUGCUCUUUAGUGCUCAAUCAGAGCAAAUGGCAAUUUAGGUUUAUCUGGAUUGACAUUUCCUCUGAUUUAGCACUAAAGAGUGGGUUUUCUCUGGAAAAGGAAUAGGGCAAGGGGAAAACCGGUCCGACCCAUGCUUUCUAGGCAUAGGAAUAAGCAGAAGUGUAUAGUUCCUCCUAUAUCCAUUAAAUUCCAUGUAGGGAGGGGGGGGGGAGAGAGAGAGUCCAUCACAGUGCGAAGAGGCCUGGAACAUGCAUGAAUGUGUUGUGUUUUCAUUGGUAGCCCUGGUGGGUAUUGUUUUCAUGGUUCAUUGUUGUUCCUGUGGCUAUCUGUUUCAGCGCUUUUAUUGCUUUGGGGUUUUGCUAAGUCUCAACCAUGAGAUUAAACUGGAGGGUUUUUUUUUUUUAAUUAAAAACAACAACAUAUGAAAUGUGUCCUUGUGGUGUUUGAAGAUUACUUAUUUGUUGCAAUCUCGGUGAACGCAAAGAACUGCUUCUGUUGAGGUCUCUAUUAUUUGACUAGCUAGCCCAAAGCACCAUGGAAUUUGGAACUGAUCCAUCAUUAGUUAUAUAAUACAAGAAAACUGACUCCAGAUGUUCAGGAACCCAGCUUUCUUUGGUGGGGGACGGCGACAAGGUUUGCAUGCGCCUGGAAUUUGUAAAUAAAAUAAAUGGGUCUGAAGCAAUUAUCAUCUCCCUAGAAAUAAACUAAAA